CCAAUGAGCGAGCGCCGAUCCACAUUAGUGCUGGUGUCCUAUUGGCUGAAGCACGCGUCAGUCACGUGUAAACUGACGUUCGGUUGCAGAGCAGGUGAAGAGUUGACGACUGAGCUUCACACACACACACACACACGCGCACGCACGCACGCACGCACGCACAUCCAUGGUGGAGCCGCGCAGUCAUUCAGGGAGAGACGGUCUGACAGAGACCAGCGCUGCGGCGUACAUGGAGAGCUGAGGGCGGACAUGAGCUUCACCUCGCCCAUGAUGUUCAUAUCUGCGCUGCUCACUCUUCUUUUCUAUGUAGACACUGGAUUCUCCGAAGCUGCGCCUCGCGUCGGCCGUGACGAUGCGUCGCCCAUCAGCAGGAAGCCCGGCUCAGCCGCCGACACCUGGGACACCUUCCUCACCGACAUGCCUCCUCCUGCUCUGCCCGGGAACAGGCCGCCGGGUGUCGGGCCUGUCGCCGGCCUCGCAGCAGCGUCGCCCGGGCCGAGCAUCCUCCAGCCUCACUCUGGAUUAACCUCAGCGGCCAUUUCCAGAUUAUCCGCAGCUCGUAAACGGUCCACGGACGCGCAGACGUCGGUGUUCGCUCCGGAGAAAAGGUUGCAGAGUGUGGUGUCCGUGGUUUCCCAGCGCUCAGUCAACGAUGCCUGGGCUGCGGAUCACACAGGAGACCCGGAGAACAGUCAAGAGAGCUCGUGUAACUGCACCAGCGGCGCUGAAGGGAUUCUGGACCCUGACGAGUGCGACCAGAGCUCGGGUCAGUGCCGGUGUGUGUCCGGGUACACGGGCCUGCAGUGUGAGGAGUGUGAGGACGGCUUCUUCACCAACGGCACCAGCGGCUGCCUGCCCUGCAGCUGCGACUCCUUCGGUGCCAUCAACCCUCUCUGUGACAGCUCAGGAACAUGUGUGUGCAAGACGGGAGUGUACGGUCCCAAGUGUGACGAGUGUCAUCCGGGUUUCUUCCACUUCAGCAACACUGGCUGUCGACCCUGUCAGUGUCACAACCACACCAGCUCCUGCCACCCACAGUCUGGAGUUUGUUUGAACUGUGAGGGAAACACGCAGGGAUCAAACUGUGACCAGUGUCAGCUCACUUUCUACCGCAGAGCUGGAGCCUCGCUGACCGAGGCUUGUUCCCCGUGUCCCUGCUCCAACAUCACCUCCACCAGCACCUGUCACACCGACUCCAGUGGCUCUCAGGUGUGUGACCAGUGUCUUCCGGCGUACAGCGGCUCACAGUGUAACGAGUGCAGCGCCGGCUUCUACAGGUCGUCGGGCUCCUGUGUUCCCUGUGACUGCAGUGGUAACGCAGACCCGCGAGGCCCCGCCCAGCUCUGUCACCCCGACACUGGUCACUGCCUCCGCUGCAUCAACAGCACGACUGGAAACCAGUGCCAGCUGUGUGCUGCUGGAUACACGGGCGACGCCCGCGCACAGAACUGCACACGUCUGGCUCCCCGGAUCCUUCCCACAGCAGCAGGUACAACCACCUCCGCUGUGUCCUCCCUGUCUACCACCAGCUCCUCACUAACCUCCUCCACAGCCUCCACGCCCAGCGGCGGCAGCAGCAGUGGCAGCAGCAGCAGCAGCAGCAGCAGCAGCAGCAGCAGCGCGGCCGCGUCCACGGCCCAGGUCCUGCUGACCAGCCUGAGCAGCCCCACAGACAACACCACGGCACUGACCCAAGUCUCCUGGACACAGUUCAACAUCAUCAUCCUGGCCGUCAUCAUCCUGGUGGUGGUGGUGCUGCUGGGCUUCGUGGGUGGCGUGUAUACGUACAGAGAGUACCAGAACCGCAAGCUCAACGCCCCCUUCUGGACCAUCGAGCUGAAAGAGGACAACAUCAGCUUCAGCAGCUACCACGACAGCAUCCCUAAUGCCGACGUGUCGGGUCUGCUGGAGGAUGAGGCCAACGAGGUGGCGCCCAACGGUCAACUGGCUCUGACCACACAGAACAACUGCUACAAGGUCUAGUUUCAUCGUCCCCUGGAGCUGCACACACACACACACACACACACACACACACACUGAUGUAUGACGACAAAACGCUGCUGGAAAAAGUACCAAAUCCAAAGCUCUGCUCGUUCUUAACCUGCUCGCCUACAUUUCAACUGACGUACAACUGAAGCAGAUGCUUUUUUAUACGACUCUUUUGUGGAAUCAAUGAACAGGAUCCAAAGAAAAAAAGGUGUCUGGUUAGGUUCUGCCUGCAGGUGGCACUGUUGUGAUCCUUUCAGCAGCAGCAGUGUGGGACACUCUUUAAGUUAUGACUGGAUCACGUGGAGCAGUGGUCCAACACUGAGACUAUGAUUGUUAUUUAACUGAGUUUUAUUCUGUUCUUAUUUAUUGGUUAACGUUUAAUUUUCAGGAGAAUUGCUGCACAUGUGUGACGUGUUUUAUCUCCAUGUGCUGUUGAAUGGCCAGCGUGUUGUCAUGUAUGUGACAGACAGACAGACAGACAGUCUAAGGGGAAGAUGAAGGCUGCUGGUAACAACCUCAUCUUUUGUUAAUCGCUUCCUUUAUGUUAAAGGGAUAGUUCUGGUUUUGGAGUGUGGUUGUGUUCAGCGCUGAUUGUGAUGAGAAUCAACAAUAAUUAAAGGCUCGCCUCAUAAAAUGUUGUUUUCACUGCUUUGUUUCACUCUCACACCGAGCUCCACAGACGAGAUGAGCAUGGACACAGACACAGGAGGAGGAGCUUAGUACAAUCUGAAAGUGUCACUAAUGAGGCAGCAACAGAUCAACAACUGUGUGCUCUAUGGACUUUGGUGUGGGAGAGUGAGUGGUUUGAAAAAAAAGAAAAAAGAGUCAACUCAUUCUUGCAACCACACGUCAAUCACCUGAACAAUCCCUUAAAGGGUGUGGCUCACCUGGUUCAUCUGAGAGGAUUAACAUUCACGCGCCGCAACAUCUGUUGUGUAAUCUGGACGGCUCUUUGCUGCUGUGUGUGUGUGUGUGUGUGUGUGUUCUUGUAUGGAUAUCUCUGAGAGGACCAAAACACUUACAAACCAUAGGAAGUGAAGACACUUUGGCUGGUCCUCACUUCCUGUCACGCCUUCAAAGGGCUUCUUGAGGGUUAAGGCUUGGUUUCAGGGUUAGGCGUUUAAUUUUGAUGGUUAAGGUUAUGAUAAGGAAAUGCAUUAUUUGUAUAGUGUCCUUACUAUGAGUGUGCGUGUGCGUGUGCAUGUGUGCGUGACAGAGGUUGGGCUCUGUGACUCAUUCCCUGUUGUCUUGGAUAUAAACCGUACAAACAGGAAAUCAACAAACUGUUCUGGAGUGAAACCAGACUGUACUGUAAAAAAUGAUUAUUAGUUACAGUGAAGUUGCAUCAGCUUCCACAUUAACACAUGAAGCUCCAGCAUCAAAGCCUCACGCCUGAUCCUGUGUGUGUGUGUGUGUUUUAUUUUGGUUUUCAUUGAAUGAUGUGCUUUUUUUUUUAAUCACAAUGAAUAAGUAAAUGCUAAUUAUGGAAUUGUCUCCUCAGGUACUGGCUCUUUCCCUAAUGUGAUCACUGUAAAUAUAAAUACUGUACAGAUGAAUGUGAAUAGUAGCAUUAUUAAUGUACAGUUAGUAAAGUGUGUGUGUGUGUGCGUGCAUACACUGUCACUCAACAAGGUCUCAACCUUUCAGUGUCGGGGUUUGAUGCUGCUGCUGUCGGCCCACAGCUUCUUUUGUAUUUUUUAUUGCUUAAUAUCACUGGACUUUGCCAUAUAUGCAAACACGGGGACAAGAAAACACCAUGAACCUGCAGCAGAGAAAUGAACUGAACUGUAAAUAUUACUCUGAAAUAAAAGUGGGCUUUAACUGUG